CUGCGUCCCCGCCCAGCCCGCGCCUAUGCGGUACUUGAAGGAUGGCGAAGAGGUCGCGCAGUGAGGAUGAGGAUGAUGACCUUCAGUAUGCUGAUCAUGAUUAUGAAGUACCACAACAAAAAGGAUUGAAAAAACUCUGGAACAGAGUAAAAUGGACGAGAGAUGAGGAUGAUAAGUUGAAGAAAUUGGUGGAACAACAUGGAACAGAUGAUUGGACGCUAAUUGCUAGUCAUCUUCAAAACCGUUCUGAUUUUCAGUGCCAACAUCGAUGGCAGAAAGUUUUAAAUCCAGAAUUGAUAAAGGGUCCUUGGACUAAAGAAGAAGAUCAGAGGGUUAUUGAACUGGUUCAGAAAUAUGGACCAAAAAGGUGGUCUUUAAUUGCAAAACAUUUAAAAGGAAGAAUAGGCAAGCAGUGUAGAGAAAGAUGGCAUAAUCAUCUGAAUCCUGAGGUAAAGAAAUCUUCCUGGACAGAAGAAGAAGACAGGAUUAUCUAUGAAGCGCAUAAGCGGUUGGGAAAUCGUUGGGCAGAAAUUGCCAAACUGCUUCCUGGAAGGACUGAUAAUUCUAUCAAAAAUCAUUGGAAUUCUACUAUGCGAAGAAAAGUGGAACAGGAGGGCUACUUACAAGAUGGAAUAAAAUCAGAAAGAUCUUCAUCAAAACUUCAACACAAACCUUGUGCGACUAUGGACCAUUUGCAAACCCAGAAUCAAUUUUACAUACCUGUUCAGAUCCCUGGUUAUCAGUAUGUGUCACCUGAAGGCAAUUGUGUAGAACAUGUUCAGACUACUUCUGCCUUUAUUCAGCAACCCUUUGUUGAUGAAGAUCCUGAUAAGGAAAAGAAAAUAAAGGAACUUGAGAUGCUUCUUAUGUCAGCAGAGAAUGAAGUUAGAAGAAAGAGACUUCCGUCUCAACCUGGAAGCUUUUCUAGCUGGUCUGGUAGUUUCCUCAUGGAUGAUAGCAUGUCUAAUACUCUAAAUAGCCUUGAGGAACAUGCUACUGAGUUUUAUGGUAUGGAUGAAAAUCAAACUGCAUCUGCUCAGCAGAAUUCGCCCACGAAGUUCCUAGCUGUAGAGGCAAAUGCUGUGCUAUCUUCUCUACAGACCAUUCCUGAAUUUGCAGAAACUUUGGAACUUAUUGAAUCUGAUCCUGUAGCAUGGAGUGAUGUUACCAGUUUUGAUCUUUCUGAUGCUGCUGCUUCUCCUGUCAAGUCUACCCCAGUUAAACUAAUGCGAAUUCAACACAAUGAAGGAGCCAUGGAAUGUCAAUUUAAUGUCAGUCUUGUACUUGAAGGGAAAAAAAACAGUUGUAAUGGUGGAGACAAUGAGGCUGUGCCUUUAACAUCCCCAAAUAUGGCAAAAUUUAGCACUCCACCAACUAUACUCAGAAAGAAGAGAAGAAUGCGAAUAGGUCAGUCCCCAAAUAAUGAACUUGGUGAUGGCACAUUCAACGAUGGCGGUAAUACAGCACUAAAGCACACACCGGUGAAAACACUACCAUUUUCUCCUUCACAGUUUUUCAACACAUGUCCUGGUAAUGAACAACUUAAUAUAGAAAACCCUUCAUUUACAUCAACCCCUAUUUGUGGGCAAAAAGUUCUCAUUACAACUCCUCUUCAGAAGGAAACAACUCCCAAAGAUCAAAAGGAAAAUGUAGGGUUUAGAACACCUACUAUUAGAAGAUCUAUAUUGGGUACCACACCAAGAACUCCUACCCCUUUUAAGAAUGCACUUGCUGCUCAGGAGAAAAAAUAUGGACCUCUUAAAAUUGUGUCCCAGCCACUUGCCUUCUUGGAAGAAGAUAUUCGAGAAGUUUUAAAAGAAGAAACUGGAACAGACAUAUUCCUUAAAGAGGAAGAUGAACCUGCUUAUAAAAGUUGCAAACAAGAGCAUACUGCUUCUGUGAAGAAAGUCAGAAAGUCACUAGUCUUAGAUAAUUGGGAAAAAGAAGAACCAGGCACUCAACUGUUGACUGAAGACAUUUCAGAGAUGCAGUCAGAAAAUAUAUUUACAACAUCUUUAUUAAUGAUACCAUUAUUGGAAAUACAUGACAAUAGGUGCAACUUGACUCCUGAAAAACAAGAUAUAAAUUCAACCAACAAAACAUAUACACUUACUAGAAAGAAACCAAACCCUAACACUUCCAAAGGUGUCACAUUGGAAAAGAAUCUUCAGUCAAAUUGUGAAUGGGAAACAGUGGUUUAUGGGAAGACAGAAGACCAGCUUAUCAUGACUGAACAAGCAAGAAGAUAUCUGAGUACUUACACAGCUACCAGCAGCACUUCAAGAGCUCUAAUACUGUAA